AUGAAAGAGGACGCAGAUCCCAACAAAUGGUAUCCAAAUCCCAGUGUUGGACUGAACGUCUGGGGGCCAUUAGUGCCCGCUAAUGACUGUAAACCGUGCAUGGCAUUUAUGGUAGGAAUGCAGUUCGUAACCGGUGCAGCAUUCUGUUUCUUCCCGGGUCGCCGCCCUCCGCCCGGACGAAGCAAGUGGCACAAUAGAGGCAUCAGUUUUGCUGGCUGGAUGGCUGGAUCUUAUCUCAUUUUCUUCUCCCUGGCGGAGAGCCUUCGAUUUAUUCUGCCCCAUGACCCAUGGGUUGAAGAAGCCAAAGUUGCAAGAUCCCGCACUCCAAACUCCGGUGUUCUGGCCACAUGGUUCGGCCCACCAGGCUAUAAGGCAAUGCCGACCAAGGAGUGGCUGAGACGCACAGAGGCCUAUAUCGACAUGGUCGCCAGCAAACGCAAUGACGUCAACCAGGCGAUGGUGCUCCACCGAUACAGCAAGACCCAACAAAUCCGGGCCCACAACCGCAAAGUAUCCACAGACAUUUACAAGGCUAUACUCAGGGGCGAAUUCCAGUCCAAAAAUGCUCACGAAGACUCAUUUCAGGUCAUUGUCGAUGAGGGCAUCAACGUAGACGAUCUGGAGUUUGACAUGUUCGACCACUGGGAGCCCAUUGACAAAAGCCCCGUUUCUUUGGUCCUAAUUCCGCAUAGUGCUCGGUAUAAUGAACAGAAGUCACAACGCAUGGAAACAAAUGUGUUUUACAGCUCCGAGCCUAUCGUUAUUAAAAAAGUGCUCUAA